AUGAGUGAAGGUUUAACUUCCUCACAGCUCGAGGCUUCUAGUGAGAAGACAAUUCAGCAGCUGGGUUGUGAAGAGACAAAUAUCCAUCAAUCAGACUCCUACGAAGGGACUGAAUAUCCCCCUCUUACCAAAAUUAUCAUAAUUGUAUUGGCGAUUUAUCUGGCAGCCUUUUUGGUGGCUCUUGAUCAGACCAUUAUUGGAGUGGCUAUUCCAAAGAUCACGGACCAGUUCAAGAGUAUCCCUGAUAUUGCCUGGUAUGGUAGUGCCUACUUCUUGACGUCUACGGCGCUACAGCCGUCUUACGGAAGGAUCUAUAAAACCUUCAGCGUGAAAUGGUCUUUCCUGGCUGCUGUUAGUAUCUUCGAAAUUGGAUCACUGGUCUGCGGUGUGGCGCCCUCCAGUACAGUAUUGAUUGUUGGACGUGCCAUUGCUGGAAUUGGUGUUGCGGGAAUCUUCUCCGGCGCUUUGGUGAUCAUCUCUAAGACUAUUCCCCUAGAAAAGAGGCCGCUUGUAUUUGGUAUAUAUGGCCUGGUUUGGGGAAUAGCUUCUAUUAUAGGUCCCCUAUUGGGCGGAGCAUUCACCGACGGUGCCUCGUGGAGGUGGUGUUUCUAUAUCAAUCUUCCUGUCGGCGGGGUUUCUAUCGCGGUUGUUAUUCUGGUCCUUCGCAUUCCUAACAACGAUAAGGUCUCGGGAAUUCCUAUUCUGGACCGUGUCAGGGAGCUUGACCUGGUGGGUGCAAGCCUGCUCAUCCCCGCUAUUAUCUGUUUGAUUCUUGCCCUACAAUGGGGCGGAAAUGCUUACCCUUGGAGGAGUUCUACAAUAAUCGGACUAUUCGUUGGCUUCGGUCUGAUAUCUUUUCUUUUUGCCGGUUCCCAAAUCUACCUGGGUAAGCAAGACGAGAAAAAUGGGACAAGGGGGAAGAGUGGAAGGGCAACUUUACCACCAUCAAUCCUCAAGCAACGCACUAUUUGGUCUACAGCGCUUUUCAUGCUGUUCUUUAGCGGCGGAUUCUUCCUUCUGGUUUACUACGUUCCUGUCUACUUCCAGAGUGUUAAAGGGUCUUCUGCCAUGACUUCUGGACUUCAAAUCUUACCAUUCAUGCUCGCCACUGUUGUCUCAUCCGUGGUGGUGGGCGCUCUGGUCACGGCGGCAGGCUACUACACACCAUUUCUUAUUACUAGCACUGCUAUUGCUGCUAUCGGUACGGGUCUGAUUACUCUAUACGAAAUCGAAAUCUCCACCGGGAAAUGGAUCGGCUACCAAAUCGUGGUCGGCGCAGGCAUCGGUGCUGGGCUUCAAGUCCCAAUGACAGCUGUGCAGACUGUCUUGACACCGGAGGACAUCCCUGUGGGAACAGCUGCUGUCAUGUUUUUCCAGACGCUGGGUGGUGCCAUAUUCAUUGCAGUAGGCCAGUCGGUAUUCCAGAAUGGCUUAAUACUAGGCAUUCGAACAUAUGCACCCGACGUUGAUCCAAGUAGGAUAGUAAGUGCUGGGGCCACCGAAACGAGGCAUGUGUUGGGUGCGUUAGGCCAGCUAGAUCAAUUGGAUGGAGUGAUCCAAGCUUACAUGCGCGGAUUAAGGGACACAUAUCGAGUCAGUCUAGCGUUGAUGAUCGCCGCCUUUGUAGCAGCUUGUUUUGUCGAGUGGAAGAGUGUGAAAAAUCAAGGCGAAAGUGAAGAUGAAGACACAGCGAUGGCUUCUUCGCCAAGUCCAUCCCAUGGAUCCAUCUAA